AUGUCGUUUAAACUACUCCCAGCAGAACUCUUGCUUAACAUCAUUGAAUUCAUUGACGACAUUGGUGACAAAUGCCAAUUGUCGGCAACAUGUCGGCUAUUCCAUUCUCUCUUACACAGCCAUCCCUGGUGCUGGUCUCCACUUAAUCUUUCUAAAUAUUCUGGCCAGAUAACAAACAUUAUCCUAGUGUCUAUCCUCAAACACAGCUCUGUGCCGAUUGUGCUCCCACGAGAAGCAGCUUCCAAAAAUAUCACCCACAGUCCUCAGAGGAAGGGAAGGACUCUGGAUCGAGUUGACAUUAGUGGCUGUUGGUCGUUGACUGCAGACGGUGUGUUGACACUUGCAUGCACACUUUCAUCUCUGGUAGAGCUUGGUUUGAACAAAUAUUCCCCCACACGGAUAGGAAGCACCGUCAGUGGCCCUUUUGAACAACGCGACCACCUUUAUCAGGUCCGACCUUCCCACAACUUGUCGUCUCUUGCUAUGGAUCUAUCCAAGGAACCUUCGCUUGGACUCUCAAUGCCAGAGACAACACUUAGACAGCUGCUGGUUCGCAUACCGCUUUUGGAAAAGUUUUCGCUGCAGUAUCAAAGUCUCAGCCCAGAGGUGUGCAGAGGGUUUAGAGGUCUACGUUACUUGCGUCAUCUUGAUAUAUCCUCAUGUGUCAUUACACAACCAGUGCUACAAUUAUUACUGAGAACAUUAAAUCCACAACUGGAGUCUCUCAAGAUGCUCAAUAUUGAUCUAUCUCCCCUCACACUAUUGUGCCUGCAACGGUUUACUUCGAUGCUUCAAUGUCUCCACCUUUCAUGCAUGGAACCUCUUCUGUUGUCAGCAAUUGGCCGUAUUGUUGGUCUAUUGAAUCUAAAGGAUUUCCGGCUGACCCGCUUGAGAACAGGAAAUCUUGAUGUUAUUUUAGAUCGUCUUAAUGGAAGUGCUCUCCGCCAUCUGGAUCUUUCUCCAAAAAUGGAUAUCCAUCCAAAGUACACCAAAGUGCUUCCUCACAUGCAGUCGACCACCACUUUUGGAGAUCCUGGACAGCGCAAGUUUGGGCCAUCUCGAUCAGUAACCACCAGAAAUCUUACUAGUGGUGGUAUUGGUAAUAGCAGUGGUAGUGGCAGUGGCAAUGGUAGUGGCAGUAACAGCGGUGGCCGUAUUACAGGCUACAUCGGCCGAGAGAGUCAACCACGGCUUCUACAGUCUGUGUCUUAUCUCUGUCGUACCGAGCAUGAGCUGGAGCUCGAUGAUCGAUGUUUGCGACUCUUGGGAUCAUUUAAUCAACUGUCUGAACUCAGACUCUGUUUCCCAACCAUCACACCAGAUGAAUUUAUGAAUAUGUUGCGAUCGAUGUCUUGUUUAGAAAUUCUUGAGUUGCGAUUGUCCAAGACAGGAGAAGAUUAUCUUGGGACAUACAAACCUGACCUGUUGCCUCGACUCAAGGUUCUAUGUUUGUACUCGGUCUGUUUAAGUGAGCGAUCUGCAAGAGCUAUUCGAGAUACACAUACUAUUGAACACAUUACUCUCUGUCAGCCAGGACCGAUCAGUGAACGAUACCCAGGAUUUGUUCGGGAUUGGUUUGUCAAUUUAGAGAGACUCAAGGUACUCCGCCUGGGGAAGAUGCGUAUUCCGUGGAAUAUACUUAAAGACAUCGUUUCCAAACGACCUCCAAGUUAUGAUCAGAUCCUCCCUCGAAUUGAGCCAGCGAUCGGACCAUUUCCAAAUGAACUUACAGGGAAAAAGUCACUGGAAGAAGACGUUUCUUUUCUUAACAAAGCCGGCCGAUGGGAAUGGGUCUGGGGUUAG